UUCGAAUUCCAAUGUCUGUAAUAAAAGAAAUCACAUUAGAAGAAGAAAUGAAGAAGAAUCCGCAAUUGAAACUAUCCGAUAUAGAAUCACUGAGGGAGUGGUGCGAUAAACAACCGCACUUGCCAAAAAUUGAAGACAGCUUUCUCGUUUUGUUUCUUCAUAGCAACUACUAUCAAAUGGAACCAACAAAAAACACAAUAGAGAAUUAUUAUACGAUAAGGACGCAUUUACCAGAAAUUUUCUGCAAUCGGGAUCCGCUUGAAGAAAAAGGACUACAACAAUCGUUCAAAACCGUGGCUAUUUUUCCUCUGAAUGGAUUAACAAAGGAAGGCUAUAAGAUGAUAUUUAUAACGUUUCUGGACAGUGAUCCUUCUUCCUAUAAUCAGAAUGCCGACUUCAAACAUGCCAUAAUGUUAACCGACAUACAUUUUCUAAUGGAUGAUAGGAUUCAUGGUUAUAUUUUGGUAAUUGAUGCUGACAAAUUUUCCUUCGGCCAUAUGAUGCGAACAAAUCCAUUGGAGGUCAAGAAACAUGUAUACUACAUCCAAGAAGCACUGCCAAUACGUUUAAAGGCAAUCCAUGUUAUAAACGCCGCACCCGCCGCAGAAUUGUUGAUGAAAAUGGCAAAGCCUUUCAUGAAAAACGAGUUAAUGCACAUAAUACGUUUUCACUUAUCGUUAGAGAGCCUUUCUGAAUAUAUCCCAGUGGAUGCAUUGCCAAACGAAACAGGUGGAAAAGCUGGUUCCGUGCAUAAACUAGCUGAAAUUCAUAAAAGAAAAUUCGAAGACUAUCGCGAGUGGUUUCUGUUGGAUGAAUCAACCAGACGCGUUAACGAAGCAUUAAGAAUCGGCAAGAGCAAAACAGUAAAUGAUUUGUUUGGUAUAGACGGUAAUUUUAAAAAACUUGAUAUAGAUUAA